GUGAGGUAACACUCUGUUGCCUGUGAGGUCCAACUAUCUGUAGUCAGAGCAAGGCUCUGUGCUUUAGCCAAUUCGUCUACGAUACUGUUGCGUGUCUUUUCAUAGAGGUCGGGUAUUACCUCGGCGCUGAAAAAUGUGUGAGACGGUACUUUGUAACGCGGAUCGAGCGCUUUCAUUAGGUGGCGAAAGCCCACAUUUCCAAUCACCAAAAACGGCUACAAAUAUUUGGCAAGAACACCCCCACUGCCUUUGUUAUUUUUUUGUGUUUCUCAGAACCAGUUGAGUAUGUAUGCUGGAAGGAAUCAGAGAGGGACUGUUGCUUUUUGGAUGACUGUAUUACCUGCUCUACUGUCCUGCUUUCAGACAGUGAUAUCGCUGGGUGAUGGCGCCGCAGAUGAUGGAAUUGUUGGAAGUGUUUCCAUUUGAGUAGGCGACACGUGUAAAACAAUGCUUGCACACAGUCAUUUUUUUGUUUACCAUUUUUUUUUCUUCCUCUGCGUUAUCCUCAAUGGCAAAACCGAAAUGUCCCAACACCACAGAUUUGAAAGACGGUGGUGCUUCCUCGUACUGCAGCCUCACUUCACUGCUAAAGUUUUAAAUCUGACACCAGCAUUGCAAGCAUGGUUAAGCACCCCCUAACUUUAGUGCAUAGUGAUUGGAUAUUUACUUGCGGGGAGGCAUUUCCUCAUCACAGCACUUAGACUCAUGGGUACACUCAAACAGAGCCAAUUCGGAGAGAAAUAAAACGCACAGAAAUUAUUUAACGCGAAACCGAAAAAAACGCAGUUCACAAGCGCGUAUUGAACCGUGGAUGUCGUACCGAAUGGUUCAAUAUUAUAUCGAGAAUUGUGGCAUCCCUAAUUACAAGGCUUUUUGACGGAGAGCCAGAUCAUCUUGUACCAUCUUCAUCCGCACAUCUGGUGGAUUGUGACCCAUUCCUGAUGGCUAGCAGAAUGAUUCGCCAGUCAUUUCAGGCGGCAGUGUUGAAACAGCUGUUGUACAGAUUUCAGACUGUCCAGAUUUUGAUUUGCGUCAGAAAAUUAUGCUGGUAUGUAUUCUGCAUUUUGAGAUUUAGUGUUUCAGUGGUUUAUGAAACAGUAUUAAUUGGUCAAAAUUGCUUAUUAUUUGAUAAUCAUUAAUAUAAUUAAUAAAUCAGAAUUUUUCUUAAGCCACCUAUAUAAUAAUGUGACUUUCAGCUUGAAGGGGACUCUGAACUAACACCUGAGAAGGUGAGCAUUGAUGAUUUGCGUUUCUCAUGGGAUCUUCCUUCAGUGACCAGUGUCAAUCAACGAUGGCUCUUUGAGAGUCUUCUACAUCAUGCUGUACUAUGCACUCAGACAAACCUGUUGAACAUUCUUGACUCCUCUUAACCAUUUGAUGCAUUUUUCGAACACAAUGCUGUGGCCACUAUUUUGUCAUCGUCCAGAUGUGCUUCCAGUCAUUUUUCCACACAAGUUAAAUGAUGUGUUGACCCCAGAUGUACAUAAUUUUGCUAAUCUCAAUUAAGUUGAAUUCUGGAUUUCAGAGAAUGAAAGACUUAACAAAACAGUACUCGAGGUGGCUUGCAUGUUUGUUUGUUUGUUUUGUUUUUUUAUCUGUAGUGUGUCCUAACCUGCAUCAGCUGGCCUGCCAUGGUGGGAGCCAAGGACUCUGGUGAUGAAGAAUGCUCUUUGGAAGAUAAGAGCCGGGUUGCUGGCUACCUUCGUCAAUUCAUUAAAAAUGCAUCCAGCCCUGAGCUGAAGGCUCUAAUCAAGUUUUGGGUGGGUUGGGAGGUUCCUACUGCUUCCCUCACACUGGAGAUAAGGCGACCAUGCAACAUAUGAAUAUGUACAUGGUUCCCAAUCAAGGGAUACCAGGCUGUCCUCCUGGAUUAGAGUACCUGACACAGGUAGAUCAACUUCUGAUAAAACAGAAAGUUGAGAUUAUAGAAGCUCUGGCAGGCUUUGAGAGCAACAAUAAAUAUGAGAUCCGUAACACGCUGGGUCAGAAUGUGUACUACGCGGUGGAGGAGAACGACUGUCUGACGCGUCAGUGUUGUGGACCGCUGCGAUCUUUCACCAUGCGCAUCCUCGAUAACUUUGGACAGGAAAUCAUCACAGUCAACCGUCCACUCAAAUGCAUGUCCUGUUUCUUCCCAUGUUGUCUGCAAGAGUUGGAGGUCCAGGCUCCUCCAGGAAACACAGUGGGAUAUAUAUUGCAGCAGUGGCACCCUUUCUUUCCCAAGUUCACCAUACAGAAUGAACACAGACAGCCGGUUCUCAAGCUCCAGGGGCCUUUCUGUGGCUGGAGCUGCCUGCCAGAUGUGGAUUUUGAGAUUUUGACCAUGGAUGGGGUCAGUAUCGGGAAGAUCAGCAAGCAGUGGACUGGGCUUCUCAGAGAGGCAUUCACUGAUGCGGACAACUUUGGAAUUCAGUUCCCGAUGGAUCUUGAUGUGAGAAUGAAGGCUGUGAUGAUCGGAGCCUGCUUUCUUAUUGAUUUCAUGUUUUUUGAAACAAACCACUAGCUGCUAAGUGGAGGCAUGUCUGGUUCGUGGACAUCGAGUUCUGAGAAAACAGAUGAAAAAAGAAGACCUGACAUUUACCUUUGCACAACAUACAUCUGUGAAAGCAAAAUUAAUGCAUGUGAAGAAUAAUAAUGAUGAGCUUUUAGAGACUUUGUAAAGUUGCUUCAGGUGUGUGAUAUAACUGGUUGUACUUACUGGCUGUGUUUAUUUUUUUAUAUACACAUUAUAGAUUAUUGUAAAUAUUUCCUGCCAUAAAUAGCAUCUUAAUGUAAUAGUUCACCCACAGAUGAAAAUUCUGGCAUCAUUUACUAACUCUCAUGACAUUCCAAAAACUAUAUGACUUUCUUUUUUCAAUGGAACAUGA